ACAGGCAAGUGGGAGUAGUGGCAAUAGUGCAGACGUCCGCCAUCAGAAUAGAAAAGUUGAAAAGCAGCGCGAAUUUUCGGCGAUGCUCGUAUCGAAACUUCGUAGAAACCUCUCACCUCUUUCGCGGCGCGUUCAAUUUUUCCCGCUUUUCAUUUUCUCUUUCCGCUCCUUUUUAUUCUCCUUUUUCACUGUCCAACUCGGAAUCUUCCCAUGUUCGCCAAAAUUUUACUUAGAUACAGUUAGCGGUUGCGAUAUUUUUUCAGGAUCAGAUCAGAUCAGAUCUAAACAAGGAAAUAUUAUUUUUCUUUUUACGCUGAAUUAAUUAAUAUUUCUGGAGGAGUAGAAUUUAGAGAAAGAGAUAGAAAGAUGCACACUGGAUAUGUGGAAAGAUCAAACGGUAUGGCAGCGAGAGAAAAACGGAGUUUGGAUCCGAGCAGUAGCCAGGAAGCUCAGCCUGAUAGGAAGCGCCCUGCUCUUGCUAGCGUUAUCGUUGAGGCUCUAAAGGUGGACAGUCUACAGAAACUUUGCUCAUCUUUGGAACCAAUUCUCCGCAGAGUUGUCAGUGAAGAAGUAGAGCGUGCCUUGGCAAAGUUGGGGCCUGCCAAACUAAAUGGAAGGGUUUCUCCAAAAAGAAUUGAGGGUCCUGAUGGAAGAAAUUUGCAGCUUCAAUUCAGGUCCAAGCUGUCACUACCUCUAUUUACUGGUGGAAAAGUGGAGGGAGAACAGGGUGCCGCAAUUCAUAUUGUGUUAAUUGAUGCAAAUACAGGCCAUGUCGUAACAUCAGGUCCAGAGUCCUCAGUUAAACUAGAUAUUGUGGUGCUUGAAGGUGAUUUUAACAAUGAGGAUGAUGAAGGCUGGAGUCAGGAAGAAUUUGAGUCGCAUAUAGUAAGAGAGCGUGAGGGAAAAAGGCCACUCCUUACUGGGGAUUUGCAAGUGACUUUGAAGGAAGGUGUUGGAACCCUUGGGGAACUGACAUUUACUGACAACUCUAGUUGGAUUAGAAGCAGAAAAUUUAGACUUGGUCUAAGAGUUGCCUCAGGUAGUUGUGAGGGCUUUCGAAUCCGUGAAGCAAAAACAGAUGCCUUUACAGUCAAGGAUCACAGAGGAGAAUUAUACAAGAAACAUUAUCCACCUGCACUUAAUGAUGAAGUUUGGAGACUGGAAAAGAUUGGGAAAGAUGGAUCGUUCCAUAAGAGGCUUAAUAAAGCUGGAAUAUACACAGUCGAAGACUUCCUGCGACUUGUAGUGAGAGAUCCACAAAAACUUCGACAUAUAUUGGGAAGUGGAAUGUCGAAUAAGAUGUGGGAGGUCCUUGUAGAGCACUCAAAGACCUGUGUCCUGAGUGGAAAACUUUACGUCUAUUAUCCUGAUGAGCCUAGAAAUGUGGGGGUCGUAUUUAAUGACAUCUAUGUAUUGAGUGGUCUGAUUGCUGGUGGACAAUAUCAUUCAGUUGAUUCUCUUUCCGAAAGUCACAAGGUCUUUGUAGACACAUUGGUGAAGAAGGCAUAUGAAAAUUGGAUGCAUGUCAUAGAAUAUGACGGCAAAUCUCUUCUGGGCUAUGAUCAAAGUAAAAGUUCAAAUUCUUCCCAGAAUGAUCUCAGGAUACACAUACAAGACCAGCCAAACUCUUUUGACCAGCUCAGUCUACCUAACCUCCCCAUCCCAUGUUAUAAUGACAAUAUUGUAAGUCGCUAUCCUACACAACCACAGAAUAUGAAUCUCAAUGUCUCUAUACAAUUAGAUGGUGCCUCAUUUCCUCCACAAAACCAGCUGAUUAAUUCAGUGCAACAAGCACAGCCUUCUGGAAGUGAGAACGUGCUGGCUCUUGGUCUGCCACACUCAACAACGCUGAGCUUCCCUACUGGUGGCACAUCAAAUCUUACUUCAUACAGGGGAUUUGAGGACAUUCCUGAGGAUGAAAUUCGUAUAAGAAGUCAUGAGAUGCUUGAAAAUGAAGACAUGCAACAUCUGCUUCGUGUAUUUAGCAUGGGUGGGCAUGGACAUGGUCAUGGUCAUGCUUCCUUUAAUGUCAAUGAAAAUAACUAUGCAUACUCAGCUUACACCCCUAUGACACCUUCAACCUUCGGCUUUGAUGUGGACCGUACACGUCCAUCUGGAAAAGCUGUUGUUGGGUGGCUUAAACUCAAAGCAGCACUAAGGUGGGGCAUUUUCAUCAGGAAAAGAGCUGCUGAGAGAAGAGCACAGAUUGUAGAGCUGGAUGACUUCUAGAUCUUUAUUGUUCUUCAUCUUGGCUGGUCGGUUGCAGCUUGUGUGCUCAAAUUGACGACAAAUUGGAAACGUCUUCGGUUGGUUGCAUUCAUCCUUGGCUGUAGAGUGAUAAUGGUUUCUCUUUUUCAGAGAGAUCAGAGUAUGCCAAGUAUAAGAGUUACUCUCUGGUGGAGCAGUGUGCAACUUUUGAUCCAUGGAGGGUAUAGUAUCUCCCAACUCAAAGGGAUCUUUGCGAUCCUGACUUGAAUAAGCUAGAAGAUGGGCAGAUGCUUCUCUCAGUAAGUCUGUAAGGGUGUUGUACAACUUUAGGAAGGGCCUCGUUUUAAUGUAGGAGGUGUGUUUUCUUAUUUUCCUAUUUAUCGUCUUGGUCUGUGGAGCCGCAUCUAACAUCACCACAGUCCACAGUUGUGCAUGUUCUCUGAUAAAUGUUCUUUUGUUAACUUAAAGCAAAAGUGCUGGACGCAUCAGGUUGGUAACUCAUAAAUUUUGGCUCCUUCACCAAACAAUCUUAAAUAAUACUUAGUGGACAUAUGUCAAGUCA